AUGCAUGAGGAAGAAAUUUACUGCUCUCUUCAGUGGGACAAUCCACCCUCAGAGGACUCUCAGAAAUGUCUGUCUGCUAGCAAAUGUUCAGGAACAUGGUGCGCUGUGACGGCGAUUUCCUGUGUGCUCUGUGUGGGAUUAUUAGCAACAUCCAUUUUCUUGGGCAUCAAGUUCUUCCAGGUGUCCUCUCUUGCAAUGAAUCAGCAGGAAAGACUCAUUCAACAGGACAGACAAUUGAUCAACCUCACACAGUGGCAGAGAAACUACACCCUGCAGAUGAAAAACUGCCAAACCUUGCAACAAAGACCUCCCCGUUCAGGUAGUAACUGCAGCCCUUGUCCACACAACUGGAUUCAGCAUGGAAAAAGUUGUUACUAUUUCUUUCAACUCUGGAAAAUGUGGAACGACAGUAAGGAGAAUUGUUUAAAGGAGGGCGCCAGUCUCCUUCAAAUAGACAGCAAAGAGGAAAUGGAUUUUAUGAUCCCCAGCCUGUGGAAUCUCAAAGAAAAGGAGUACUGGGUGGGAGUGUAUCAAGAUGAACUCAGCCGAUCUUGGUUCUGGCUAGAUGGUUCCUCUCCUCUCUCUCUGACUUUGUUACCUUCAAAUAAACAGUUAUCUGCCAGCCAGAUCUGUGGAUACAUCAAAGACAAAUCCCUCUUCUCAGAUAACUGCAGCAGAUGGAAAUAUUUUAUUUGUGAGAAAAAUGCACUUGGAUCCUGCAUCUGAAAGAUACAGCCCAGAGCCAUCUCCGUUGCACGAAGGUUUGGGAGAGAGAGGUCAAACAGCAAAUGAUGUGUGGACCAAUAAGGCAAAAUUGCUUUUAAAUUUGUCUUGGCAAUACUCUUGAAUGUUUUGCAGAUUUCAACUGACCUUGUCCUAUAGUAUACCAAGAAGAAAAUUGAUUUAGGACUACAGAAGACCUAGCUCAUUGAGAACAAAGAAGAGAAAAUCAUUUCCUGAUUGUUUGGAAGUCCAAAGUGACUAUCCAUAUGACAAAGAAAUCUAGUCAUCAUUGGCAGAGUUUGUACAGUAAU